UUCCGACGCAAGCAGCGAAAGCGGUAAAUCGUGUCUUGUUUUAAUUUCUACAAAUUUCAAUUGAAUAUCGCCAAUAAAUACUAACUGUACUAAACAAGAGUGAAUUUAAGCCCUGAAAAUCAGUUAUUCUGGAAACAUGCGUCGCAAUAUGAACCAAAUGCCAGCGCGAGGUGGCCCCGGUGGCCCGUUGAUGACGGAUCAUUUACAAGAUUUAGAGCUGGAGCUUGAGCUACUAAAGCGUAAGAGGCAGCUGAUUCAGCGUCAGCAAAGCAGUAUGCUCUAUGACCGUCCCAGCGCGCCCCUUGAUAAUAUGAGAUACAACCAGCCGUCUCAAUCGUUUAACGAUCGGUUCAAUGAACCUCAGCAUUUGAACUUUUCUCAUUUGUACAAUGACACCCCUCGGAACAACCAGGGCUUUGGCUUGAAACGUCAAGCGCAGCCUGACUGGCCUGGCGCACCCAGCAACAACAUGGGUGGUCAAAAGCGGACUAGGCCGAACCCCUUCAUACAACCAUUCCAAAAUAAUACACAACAACCUUUCCAACGGCCAGGGUUUAUGCCCCAGCCUCUUCUGAACACUCCCAAACCUAAACCGCUUAUGAACCUGAACUUCCCGGUUCAAAGAAAUCGCCCGGGCAACCGACCAAACAUGAAGCAAAAUCAAGGCCCUAAGCCUCUCACUCAUCAUCCGAAUUUCAGGCAAAAUAAGCCCGCCAACGCCAACCGACCUGGCAACGCAAACCGACCUGGCAACGCAAACCGGCCUGCCAACGCAAAUCGGCCUGCCGGUUUCGUAGCUAAAAAGAACGCAUCCCCCAAAAAGCCCAUUCAAAACAAUUCUUUCAAUACACCAUCCAAAAAGGAGCAGGACCGCGUUUUCACGGCUAAUAAGAAGCCGAAUAAUAAAAUGAACGGCCGGCUAGAGUUAACUCUAGGGAUGAUCGUUAAAGAGAUCAGGGUGACAUAUGAGAACAAGCCUGAAUACAAAGGUCUGUUUUCCUAUCUCCCGCUCAACCGCCUGAUGAAGCAAGGCGUCCGGGAGCGCUUGCACUCCGUAAUGGACGGGAAAAAGGUUGAUAAGGCCUCGGACAUAUUGGCGGAGUACCGCCAGAAAUUCCCUCUGGAAACCGACAAGGAAAUCGUGGAACUCGCUGUACUCGAACAGAAGAAGAACGACCAAAAGAUCGAACUUGCGAUCACAUUGCUCGAAGAAGGGGACCCAGAACAAUUUUUCAAGAAAAACAUGAACAAAUUACUGCAAGCCAGAUUUGAUGAGAUGAUGGGAAAGCUUGAAAAAAUGAUAACCGAAGAAAACAAGGUCACAACAGCUGAAAUCCUGAAGAAUUUGCCGGCAAUUACGAAAGAACCGGGAAAUGCCAAUACUAAACACACUCCAAAGGCCAAUGAAAAUGAAUCAGAAAAAGCUGAAGAGACACCUGACACUGAAACAGCUGAAAAGGCUGCCGAAGCACCAGCUAGUGCUGAAACAGCUGAAAAGGCUGCCGAAGCACCAGCUAGUGCUGAAACAGCUGGAAAGGCUGCCGAAGCACCAGCUAGUGCUGAAACAGUUGAAAAGCCUGCUGAAACAGCACCCGAGGCCGACGGAACGCCGAAGCCUGAUGAACCAGUAAAGGAGAAUGGAUCUGAUUUGCACCAAAAGGAGGAUAUGUAUGAGAAAUGGCUCUCAUUUUACAUUCAGCGCAGACUGCCUUCGUUAGUACAUAGACAUAGAUCCAACAUCCUAAAGGUGUUCGACCUGGACCACAUGUACUCUAACACGAAGGCGGCCAUUAUCAUCAACGCGAACAACAAGGCGCAGGCUAUGAAGGCUGGUCAGAAGAACGACAGCGAACAGGGCAAGGAUGACCCAGAACUGCCGCGCAAUCUGCCGUAUUUUGCUAAGGUACUAGCAAUCCCAUCAAUGCCCAAGCGUAAGACCAUGCAAGAGUUCCUGAAUAAGUUCCAACCGAAGACCAUCAAGCGGCACAAGAAAAACUACAACCUGCUGUUCGUCGGAUUCGACUCUAAGGAGAACUAUGACAAGAUCCUGGCUGCCAACCAGACUACACUAGGCAACGCAACCCUCAGCAUCCUCGGAAACGUCUCCAAGGCGACAAAUGAGGCCGACGAACAGACCGAUCUCGACCAAGUCCUGACCCCACAGCUCGACGACCAGAUCAACGAUCUCCUUAGCUCCAUCCGUAAAGCUGAUGAGGAAUCUAACGCUAAUGGCGACGACAGUGUCGCUGAUGUUGAUUUAACUCAAGAUGAAAGUCACGAAGUGCAAGAUACUUCAAAUGAGACGUCAAAUGUUGAAGAAACGGUCAAUGAAAUAAGUGAAACUGAUCAAGGAAAUGAAAAUGUCUCUGCUAAUGAAACUGAUAAUAAGAGCGAUGAUUGUGAAGUUGUUGAGACGAAUGGGAGUGUAGUUACUAUUGAAGACGAUGAAGUCGCUCCACUGAAAACUGAUGAAGCGAAGAAGGCAGCUGCACCAAGUGCACCGGCCACUCCGGCUAAAGGUCGAGCUCCGGCUACACCAAGGUCUGUUAACACCAGGCGUUCCAGCCGUCUCCAGAACUGAGAUCACUGCCAUUUUAAACUAUUACAUUAGUACAGCAGUACUUAACCUGCGGCCCGCCGGGUUUUUUAGGUUAGAUCCAUCCGAAUGUCACCUUUUUAAUCAAAUUCAUCUGGCUACAAGACAAAACCAUCUUUGUGGCCCUCAUAAUAUGGUACUCACCGCUGCAUUAGGACCUUAAAAGAAUGUAAACAAACAAUACCAUAUUGUAGGACUGUAGCUCAUCCAAUAAUAUAAUUCUACAAAUUAAAAAAGUUGUAUCUUAUCAGCGUAUUGACUGGAGCCAAGUGGUUUGGUGUUUACAUUAUUUUAAUGUGCUUAUGAAAUAGACUAUAGUUCUAAAUUUAAUAGAUCGUUAAUUACAUGUUGGGUAGGAUAUUCUGUAGGUACAGUCGAGUGUAAAAAUAUGGGUGUAGACAACUUACUCAAAAAUAUGUCCCAUAGUUCUUAAUUCGCUGACAUAAGAGCUAUGGGACAUAUUUUUGAGAUGAUUUGUGCAACCAUAUUUUUACACUAGACUGUACAUUUGAUUUUCAUUAAUGCGCUUUUAUUCUCAUUAUAACUCUCGAUUGGACAUUAGAUUAGUCAAAAAGCUAGAACCUUGGAAGUGCAUAGGCGGACAUAACUAAGUAUUUAAUUUUGCAAUAAGCAAAUAGAUUAUUGAUUUAAGUUCUGAUUAAGAUUUUUAGUUUUAGAUAUUCGGAUAGUGGUAUCAUUGAUAUCUUAUGAAUUAAUUAUGUUUUAGCCCAUAAGUAGGCGAUACUUUAUUUUGACUAUAAAAUGUAUGACCCUUUUAAGUUUGAUUAGAAAUAAAUUAUGAACUGAUA